UAUGCUAGCAAAAUGUCCUGAUGGCAUUCCACAUAAUCAAUUCCGCCAGUUGAUCGAGUAUUGGAAACACCCAACUGUUCAAGCUAUAUGCGAGAUGAAUUCUCAAAACAGGAAAAAACAAAAGUGGAGGCAUCGAAUGGGACCUAUUAAUUUUGCUAGAGUACGAGUGGCAUUGCGUGCAGCCAAAGACAACAACGAAGAACCAUCAAAGCCUGAAAUAUUUAUUGCAACUCGUACCAAGACGGGAAAGGAAAUCCAGGAUGAUACCCACAUUGCAAUAGCUGAACUUCAAAAUCGCCAAAAUUCUGGGGAAACAGCUGAUGAUGCAUUUAGGGCAGUGUUUGGAAAGGAGCAGCCUGGUCGAGUUAGGUGCUAUGGUAGAUCAAUGACAACAAGUUCUUUGAAGAAAGAUGAGGAAAUUAACAAUCUAAAACAAAAGCAUGCCGAUGAAAUCACUUCUCUAAAGGAAGAAUUGAGAGAAGAAAUGCGACAUUUAUUCACUCAAUUGCUGCAAAACAACCCUGGUCUGAAUUUUCAAGAUAUACCAGGGUGUGUUGGAUCUAACCUUGCUUCACCUAUUGAUGCAAGUAGUGCACAAGCUGUAAGAGGCACAAAUCUUCCUUUUUCUUCGGGGUCAGCUCAAGAUUCGGUUCUUCAAAAGCUUCUGAAUCCAGCUCAUUGUAAAGGAUAUUGUAGCUGGUCUUUUAAUGGUCUGUCUGCACCUUUAUGA